AUGGCUACCUAUGACUGGUUCUUUACUCCAUCUUAUCAUAGCUCUCCGGCUCAACCACCUAUAGAUGAUCCUCAACUUCAAGCUGUCUCACCACCACCACUCCCGGUAGAGGAGCCACCGCAGCAGCCACCGCAACCACCUCCCGAGCCUCCGAGGCGAAGGAGGAACGCUCGCAUGUCCGUUAGAGGAGGACCCCGUUUCAGUUCUCCUCGAGGGUCGAGUUCCUAUCCCCCUAUUCCAGAGGACCCUCAGAUGGGUGGGCCCUCAAACGCGGCACCGGAGGAUAAUCCUCCGCAAGCUUCUUAUGCACCACCUAUGCCGCCUGUGGGAUUUGAUAACCCUAUUCCUACGUAUCCAGGUUCUUCCGGGUAUAAUCCUUAUGGAGACCCGUCGGGAUAUCCAUUGGGCUAUGGAACUCAUGACCCAUAUCUUACGGCUGCGCAGUAUCACCACCUUUAUCCUUCUACUUACCCUUCUAUGCCUCCAACUGACUACCCAAUUCAGGGUUAUCAGUAUCCUCCAUAUCAACCACCUCCAUCCCAGCAACUACAGCAGCAGCAACAAACUCAGGAAAUCUUAGAGAGGUUGGAUAAGGUUGAGCAUAAAACUAAGAAGAACAAGGAGAGACAUACUAGCUUCAUGAAAGGUCUCGCCAACCUUAUCAAGGGGAAGAAGAAAUAG